AUGCGGUUGCUGCUCCCAAUCUUGGCCGCUGCACUUCUUGGCCUCAUCGAGUCGGCGAGGACUAGUUAUACCAACUAUCGCCUCGUCAGCUUCACGGCAACUAAGACGGCGGCCGAGUGGCUGCACUACUUGGAGGAGUACGGCUACGAUUAUGCGGAGACGGAAGACGGGCUACGGACGAUCGUCGACGUCUUCUCUGAGCCUUCCAAACACCGGAGGGAGGCCGUCGUGCUGGUCGCCCCGGAGUUUUACCCUACUUUUAUGGACUAUAUGGUUUUACACGGCGUCACCGAUGUCCGCCUUCUCAAGGAGGACGUACAGAGAGACAUCGACAUGGCCCAGAGGUACGGGGCGAAACGGAGAGUACGACGAACGCUGGUCUCUUCUGCUGACUUUAGCGUCGAUGAAUACCACAGUUAUGGAGAGAUGGAGGCCUACAUGCAAAAACUGAGCGACGAGAUGCCCCACGUGGAGAUGACCACCAUCGGCAAUUCGUACGAGGGGCGCACCCUGCAUGGGAUUAAGGUGUCGUCUGGUGGCCCGUCAAAACCCGCGAUCCUCGUCGAUGCCGGUGUGCACGCGAGAGAGUGGAUUGCGCCGGCUGCGGCGUUGUUUUUGAUUCAUACGUUGGCAACCAAGUACGAGCACAACUCGACGAUCCGCGCCGCCGUCAACAGGUUCGACUGGUACAUCGUGCCUCAGAUUAACCCCGAUGGAUAUGAAUACUCGAGAACUGUGGACCGCCUGUGGCGCAAGACUCGCUCAAAGAACAUGACGAUCAACAAGUGGUGCGUGGGCGCGGACGCGAAUCGUAAUUGGGGCUAUAAAUGGGGAGGAACCGGAGCAAACCGUUCGCCCUGCUCGGCCAUCUACGGCGGCUCGGCACCGUACUCCGAGCCCGAGAUCCGGGCGUUCAAAGAUUUCAUCGACGCACGCAUUAACCGGCUGACCAUCUACAUCAGCCUGCACAGCUACGGCCAGCAUUUCCUUUCACCUUGGGGCUACACAGAGCAACGACCCGUAAAUUAUGAAGAUCAGAAAAACGCGGCCGACAUGGCCAUCGCUGCCAUAAAAAACGCCACCGGGGCUUAUUAUAACCAUGGGACGAUUUCGGAAUUGAUGUACCCAGCUUCCGGUACCUCGAUCGAUUUAAUGCAAAGCAGAGGGGUACCGUAUAUUUAUGGAGUCGAGUUGCGGCCGACAGAUACGGUGAACAGCUUCGGGUUCUCGAUCCCGCAGUCGUAUAUCAGGAGCACAGGCGAAGAAAUGAUGGCCGCCCUUCUUGCCCUCGCCGAGUACGCGACGAUACAGCAGAAACUG